GGCUCUGCUGCUGUCGGCUGGCUUGGCACCAGCCCCAGAGGAGCAGCGGACACAGCACAGGGACUCGGAGGGGACAGGACUCAGAGGGGACGUGCCGGGAACCAGACUCGGACAGGGAAACAGCGUCUCCACAAACCCAAAAGCACCUCAAGUCCGACCUUGGACAGGAAGAACUCUUGAAGCCAUGACUGCCUCGUGGCUGUUCUCUGCUCUCGCCUUUGCGCUCCUCCUGGUCAGACCGGGCACAGCCUGGUCCUACCACACCUCCCCGGUGAACUUGACCUUUGACGAGGCCAGCGCCUAUUGCCAGCAGCACUACACCCACCUGGUGGCCAUUCAGAACCAGGAGGAGAUCCAGCACCUGAACUCCGUCCUCAACCACUCGACCAGUUACUACUGGAUCGGGAUCCGCAAGGUGGAAGGCCAGUGGGUGUGGAUCGGCACCGGGAAGCCCCUGACGGAGGAGGCUGCCAACUGGGCGCCCGGCGAGCCCAACAACAAGCAGGCGAACGAGGACUGCGUGGAGAUCUACAUCCGGCGGCCGCUGAAUCCCGGCCAGUGGAACGACGAGCGGUGCAGCAAGCGCAAGCUCGCCCUGUGCUACACAGCUGCCUGCACCCCGGCCUCCUGCAGCGGCCAUGGCGACUGCGUGGAGACCAUCAACAACUACACGUGCCAGUGCCACGCCGGCUUCCGUGGCUCCCAGUGCGAGCAGGCGGUGACCUGCCCGGCCCCGGACGCCCCUGAGCACGGGCGCCUGGAGUGCACCGGGCCCUGGGGAAGCUUCGGCUACAACGCCUCCUGCACCCUGCGCUGCAGGGAGGGCUACCGGCCCCGCGGCCCCCGCGCCGCCCGCUGCACCGCCUCCGGGGCCUGGAGCAAGCCCCUGCCGGCCUGCGAGGAGGUCCGGUGCGCCCCGGUGACACCGCCUGCCCACGGCUCCACGGCCUGCUCCCCGGGCCCCACGGCCUUCCAGGGGAGCACCCUCCCGGGGAGCACGGCCCCGGGGAGCACGGCCCCGGGGAGCAUGGUCCCGGGGAGCACCGUCCCAUGGAACACCAGCUGUGCCUUCAGCUGUGAGGUCGGCUUCAAGCUCGUGGGGGCCCCGCGCCUCCGGUGCACGGCGGCCGGGCGCUGGGACCAUGAGGAGCCCACGUGCACAGCCCUGACCUGCGCCGCCCCGGACGCCCCUGCGCACGGCUCGGUGAGCUGCAGCCUCUCCGGGGCCGGGGAGCUGGCCUCCGGGUCCGCCUGCAGCUUCGCCUGCGAGGACGGCUUCGUGCUGCGGGGGCCCGCCCGCCUGGACUGCACCGCGCAGGGGCGGUGGGCGCAGCCCGCCCCGCGCUGUGAGGCUUCCCAGUGCAAAGCCCCCUCUAGGCCCGAGAGGGGCCGCGUGAGCUGUCCCCCCAGCGCUUCCGGAAGCUUCCAGCCCGGGGCCAGCUGUGCGUUCUCCUGCGAGCAGGGCUUUGUGCUGUCAGGACCAGCCAGGCUCCAGUGUGGCCCCCUGGGGCAGUGGGACGGCGUGGAGCCCACGUGUGAAGCUGUGCGAUGUGACCCGGUGGCCCCGCCCCGGGGCGGCUGGGUGCGGUGCCGCCACGCCCCUGCCGGGGAGCUCACGCCCAGCUCCUCCUGCGCCUUCGGCUGCCAGGACGGCUUCCGGCUGCAGGGGGCAGCUCGCCUGGAGUGCACAGCCCGGGGACGGUGGACACGGGAGGCCCCCUCCUGCCAAGCGGUGCGAUGCUCACGCCCGGCAGCGCCCGGCAAGGUGGCCGUGAGCUGCGACGAGGAGCUCGUGGUCGGCGCUGAGUGCACCUUCGCGUGCCCCGAGGGAUGGACGCUCAACGGCUCGGCGGCGCUGACGUGCGGAGCAGCAGGACACUGGUCCGGGAUGCCGCCCGCCUGCGAAGCCCCCGCCCCGUCCAGCCUGCCCCUGGCCAUCGGGCUCUCCGCAGGGGGGACCUCCCUCCUGGCAGCGUCGUCCUUCCUGCUCUGGCUGCUGAAGCGCCUUCGGAAGAAAGCAAAGAAGUUUGUUCCCGCCAGCAGCUGCCAAAGCCCUCCCUCCGACGGAUCCUACCAGACGCUAAUUUAAACCCAAAGGGAAUCAGGAAUAUCAGGUAAAGGAGGGAAUGAGAGUGAUGCCCUGAGGACUGCAGAGGCAGGGAGCUCUCCUUGGAUCUCAGACCUUUGUCACCUACUGCAGCUGGACUGUAAUGCCUUCAGGAACUUCAAAGGACCAACGUCCCACAGGCAAGGCCAGCCUGCCAGCAAAAUGACUCAGUUUCCUCUGUCUUGUUCUGAGGCUCUGCAAAGUGCUGGGUAUCAGGGGGAAGGACAAUCUCUUCCAGACAAAAACAAAGAGCCUAAGGCUCCGGAGUCUCAGAACUCCAUUUCUAACUCUCCCUACUCCUGAUGAAAUCUUGGUGGAGAAACCCAGUAUUUCGUGACCUUGUUUCUUUCUUUUGUCCUUCAUCUCUCUAUAUAAAAGCCUAAGUGACUGAAUGA